UUGAAAGCGGAAGAGACAAAAACAACAACAGCCUCGGCAACAGGGAGGGACGCCUAUUUUAUUUUUUUACCUGUGUGGUAUCAGAAAGUCAGCGGACUUUGUCUACGGUUAACCCACCACUUAAAGUUUACAUUUAAGCUAGAAAAAUGUCGCUAUUUGGCAAGAUAUUCGGAAGUGGGGGUAAGGGUGGGAAAGCGCCGACACCCCAAGAGGCUAUUCAGCGACUCAGAGAGACCGAGGAGAUGUUGGCCAAAAAACAGGAUUUCCUAGAGAAGAAAAUUGAACAGGAGCUCGUGACGGCGAAGAAAAACGGCACGAAAAACAAACGAGCGGCUCUACAGGCCUUGAAGAGGAAAAAGCGUUACGAGAAGCAGCUGGCUCAGAUUGACGGAACCUUGUCCACAAUUGAGUUCCAGAGAGAAGCUCUGGAGAACGCCAACACUAACACAGAAGUGCUCAAGAACAUGGGCUUUGCAGCUAAAGCAAUGAAGGCCGCACACGAAAACAUGGACAUUGACAAAGUAGACGAUCUGAUGGCAGAAAUCACAGAACAACAGGAGGUUGCCCAAGAAAUCUCAGAUGUGAUCUCUAGACCAGUUGGCUUUGGGGAAGACUAUGAUGAGGAUGAACUCAUGGCUGAGCUGGAGGAGCUGGAACAGGAAGAGCUGGACAAAAAUCUUCUCGAGAUUGGAGGCACAGAAAAUCUACCCAGUGUACCGUCUACAUCACUUCCAUCCAAACCAGUCAAAAAGAAGGUGGAAGAAGACGAGGACGAGAUGGCAGACCUCGAGGCCUGGGCGGCUAACUGAGCUGGCUUGCCCUGCUAGCUAGCUAGUGGCCUUCUCCCUGCUACCAGACUGAUCCCAGGCAUCUGGAAGAGAGAUGGGGACUCUGGGCUGCUGAGCUGGCUGCUGGCAUGCUGCUCUGUCUUAAAGCCUACUUCCCAAUAUCUAACCAUACCCCAACUUUGAAGUAUGCACUUGUGCACAUAUUUUUAUGACUUCAAAAGAAAUGAACCCGGGCUUCUUUUUUUUUUUCAGUUUAAUGUUACAGAAUGAAUCUCUUUGCUCCAACUGUGCACUCCUCUUUUUCUAAAGGGCAUAGAGGGAAAAAUAAUAUCAUGCCCAGCAGCCUGUGGUUAUGUAUCAAAGAUCGUGUAUGAGCAUUUGGGUGCAUACUUGUUGGGAGGGUGUGUGGAGUAACAGGCUUAAAGGCUUGUUUCGAAUGUGAAAAUUCAACACAUUUUGGGGGUGAAAAAAAAAAGACAAUAAAUCAUUUUUCUGCUUCCUGCAUCAUCAUCUCUCAGCUCUUCUACAAAGAUGACAGCAAGCCAUUGCUGCUGCUACCAAAAGCAGCAGAAAAGUUAAAACGUGUAGGCCUUUCUCAUUAAACGUCACUGUGAAAUUACAGACCUGCUACUGUCGUAAACUACAUUAAAUCCUUUAAUGGAAGGAUCCAAGAUUUGAUGUCUUCGUCCCUCUGUCUGCUGAAGUGUAAUAAGAAAAACAUCUGGGUCAUCUAAUCAGUUGCAUCCUACUAAUAACGGCAUGUGGUGAACACCCCACCACCACCAAAAAAAAAAAAGCAAGCAGACAGGCAGGAUUUUUUUUUUUUUUAAGAAGCUUUUUAGAGGUCAUAAGCUACCAAGCAUGAUUUACUGCUAGUGCUACACAGUUUAUGCUUUUUUUUUUGCUGCUCCUCAUAUUUUACUCCACUACUUUCCAUCUCUGUUUUUUUUUUUUUUUUUAAUCCUGUACUCUCUCAGCUUGAUGUCAUUGCUUGUAUCCAACGAAAGCAGUCUUUCAUAACACUAUUGCAUCUUUGGUUCUGUUUGCUUUGUGGCUUUUUCAGUUAUGACACAUUGUCCUUUCUCAUGCCCUAUGUGCUCCAGGGACAUGGCUGAUGUUGAAAGCAUUUGAGUUGUGUGCUCGGGCACAGUAAGAAUCAAAUCAGAUGUUUACACCUCUAAGCUGGUUGGACACACUAAAAUAAACCAUGCCUGAGCUUGAUAAUCAAGCAAACUGGGUACUGAGGGCCAAACAUGCAGGGGGAAUGGUACAGAUCACCCAGUGAUAGCAGUAACAGUAAAACCAGUAAAUCAGAUCAGUCAGCCCUACAACAACAAGUUCAAACUUGCCAAACUGCAGUUGAAUUCAUUCAGUUCUCAUAAGCACUCUUUACAUUUCCUCAAUCUUACAAAUUAGUAGCUACGCCCUCUUCCCUGAGAGCAAUGUUGUUGUGAACUCUCCACAAAGUGCAGGCUGUUAAGAAGCCACCAAGCUUUGUUGCUUUUAAUGAUGCAGCUGUAGCUGAAGAACAGUCUACAACUUUAAUGCAAUGGUAAAGAGUAAUAAUGACCGAUAUUCAGGACACCAAAGCCUCUGCUGCUUCUGCUUAGUCUGGUCUUCAUUCUGAAAAAGCACACAUAAAGCUGCUCUAACUUCAUGACCAGUCAUUCAGAAAUAUGUAGUCAACUUGUUACUCCAGUAAAGCUGCCAGAGGGCACACUACAACACCUUGGAUCCGUUUGUGCCUGAUACCUUGUACUGUCUGUGGUUUCACAGUGACUAUAUCUGAAGUCCUACGCUGGUUGAAUUUAAAGAUGAUGUGUGAGUGUGUGAUGUUUUUUGAGACUUUUGACACAGUGACCUCUUGUUUAGUCAAAUUAAGAUGGUGAGGUAGAUUCCCACCCCCCACCCCAUUUAAACUCUCUUGUAGUACGAAUUGAUUUUUCAGCACUGUGUGACAAGCAUGGGGUGCAUUUGUUCCAUGUUGGUCAUCUUGAUUACAAAUGUGACAUAAGCAAGUUCUGCUCACUUGUCCCUUGACUUAUAGCUGCAGCUACAUCUCCUUCUUUCUCUUGGGGAAACAGAAUUCUCAGUGUACAAAUUGGGGUUGAUCAUGACUGGCUUUCUCCUGUAAUUCAAACAUAACUUACACAUUUUAAUUAAGAGGUGAAACAUUUAGGAAAAAAAUGCUCAGUUGUUAUGCAUUUAAGAAUGGGUCAACCCCAAUCCUUACAUGUAAAUAAAAUAAAAUGGGGGAAAUAAAACUUGCAUAUGCCAAUGCUUGUUUUUGUUUAUUUUUAUAUAAUAUAUAUAUAAUUUUUUUUCUGUUUACCUCAAAUAUCAGAACCACAAUGUGACCUGUAGCCAUCUUAGCUCAGCUUGGCUGUAAAAUACGGUUGGACAUUGAAAAAUUUCCAUGUCACAGACAUGACUGUUGUUUAUGUGGGAGGUUACAUACAUUUUAUCUUAAUAAAGUUGGGACUCAA